AUGAGCGGCCUUUCGCCGCGCCGUCGUGCUCAGCAGGCUGCUAUGAACAGCUAUGUCGCCAGCACAGACCUUCCUCCACCUCCCCCACCCAUCUUUGUCCGUGCCCUGUAUAACUAUGAAGCCGAUGACCACACAAGCCUGAGCUUUCGCCAAGGAGAUAUAAUCCAGGUAUUGACUCAAUUAGAGAGUGGGUGGUGGGAUGGCGUCAUUAACGACGUUCGGGGCUGGUUCCCCAGCAAUUACACCGCCGAGAUCACAAAUUUGGACGAACUGAGCGAAGCGGGUAUAGGAGGCCAUGAUGAGAGUGAAACCGGGUCAGGCACUGAGGAAGAUUAUGAUGAAGAGGAGGAAGAUUCAGACGUUCACACUCAGUCUGAGGACUCGGACUUGCCGAUCGAAGGUGGCCACUCCCAGGCUCAAGAAGAAGCGGCGUUUUGGGUUCCUCAGGCGACGUCGGAUGGUCGGUUGUACUAUUUCAACACCCUGACCGGUGUCAGUACAAUGGAAUUGCCGUUGGAAACGCCAGCAAGUUCAGAUGAGAGCGGACCUCGCGAUCGCAACAAUUUUCACGUACCAGAGCAAACAAGACCGCCGCCCGAGAUGAUGGCAGGGGGUUAUGCGCAGGAUGAAGAAGACUAUGAUGGGUCUGCCUCUGAGGCUGAUGGUGAACAAUCGUUCCUGUCUUCACGCAAGAAAGGGUCCGGUUCUAUGACUUCUGGCAGUAUCUCAACCUCAACCUCCAUGGAUUCUAUCAACGUUAGUUCAGCCAGACAAUUUGGGAACCAAGCGAACAAUCCUUUUACCACCACCUUUGGAUCUCACACCGACAUCUCAAUGGCGCUGCCUCCUCUUGGGACCAGCUCAACUUCAUUCGCUGUAGGGCUGCCACCGAAACUGUCAAAAUCACCCACACCCCGAUUUUUCUUGGACGACGCAAGUGUCGCUGCCGUCACAUGGAACACCUUGGUAGAGAACAUGCGCACUGCCAUUGAGGCGUAUCGUCGUGCAAUUCACGGCCGUGCGCGUGCAGACUACCUCCGAAGGGCAGAGGACAUCUCAGAUCAUCUUCGCAUGCUGCUUGCCGCAGGCUCAGGAACAACGGAUAAUCACUCGGGCAAUCCUUCCAUAAUCUCAUCAAACAAGGCUCUGUACCCCCACUUUCGGGAGAUGAUGUCCAAGUUUUCAAAGCUCGUCCUGUCUUCGCAUAUCGCUGCCGCCGACUGGCCAGGACCCGAUGCACUGACAAAAUGUCUGCAAGAAGCCGAUGGGGUGAUGAACGGAGUGUACGGCUAUGUGGAGGUGGCCCGGCAGCAGAGAGGAGAAGAGAUUCCACGGUUGGUCCCUGGUUUUAUCUUGGGAAGUACUGUCGGGGGGAGCUGGCGAGACAACAAUAUCGAAAGCCAAACAAACUUGGAUGAAGUCUCGUUCAUGGAUUCCAACGAUGAGAUUGACUCGCGGCCAUCCGAGCCACUCGACGCAAAUCUUCUUCGACGCAUCGAAGAUUGCAAAAAGACCUUGUCAGCUGCGAUCCGUCGUCUUGAGGAGGCCCUGGUGCUCUCCGAGAAGAUCGUCACUCCUGCGCGGCAAUCUGCCAUCGGAGAUGCAAUCUGUCAAGGGGCAGGCUUUGUUCUGGAACAAUUUCGACCUUGGAUCUCCCACGUCGAAUCUAUCGAUCUCUCUGCAUUGGGAAAUGUGUUCCAGAAACCAUCGCUGGUGGAUUUUGGAUCCCAGAAACAAAAAGCCUAUGACUCGAUUGGUGAAUUGGUCGCAACUUGCCAGACUAUCACCACGCCACUUCCGGACGAAUGGGCUGAAGCGCGUGGCGAAUCGCUGGAUACUCGAAUCAACAACAUUCGAAGUGCUUGUCAACAGCUUGACACUCAUGUGUCCAAUGUUGGCUAUGCAUUAGAGCUAUUGCUUCCUGCUACCAGCCUAACCCCAGCUAUCACUACUAACAAGCGGGAGCAUCGUGUGACAGACGGAGGUGAAACAUAUCAGACUCACCACCUUCGAUCUGAUUCAAAACACGGUGCUAAUCUGCGGCCUGCCUUGGCAGAUCUUGGUCAGUCAAAGUCAUACACGCUUGGUGAAGAUCCGAUGGCAGACAAGCUGCGCCGACCUCCGACCAAGGACAAGGCGAGGCAAUUUUUUGGACAGAUACCGCCAGAUUUGAACCCUGUCAAAACAAAUAUUGAACCAAGCUUCCCUGCGGACGAAGUGCCGUGGUAUCUACAACUUGACCAUGCAAACGAAGUAACAUAUGAUACCAAAAACGAACCUCCUCAAGUCAAAAGUGGCUCGCUUACCGCGCUUGUCGAACAGCUUACCCGGCAUGAUCGAGUGGAUACGACCUUUACAACGACCUUCUUGCUCACCUAUCGUUCGUUCACGUCAGCUUCGGAGCUAUUUGAACUUUUGGUAAGGCGGUUCAACCUUCAGCCACCUGCCGGCUUAAAUCGAGAUGAAUAUUCCAUCUGGGAAGAGCACAAGCAAAAACCAGCUAGAUUUAGAGUGCUGAACAUACUCAAAUCGUGGCUGGAGCAGUAUUGGAUGGAGACCGACGAUGGCAAUAGUCAAGCAUUGCUUGAGCGAAUGCUGGCCUUUGCAAAGAGUACAUACACCACGACAAAGAUCCCGCUGGCUAAGGCUCUGACAUCAAUCAUUGACCAGCGGUUGAAAGGAGGAGAAGCUUUGUCAAAGAAGCUGGUGCUGACUCUCACCAAUUCUGCCCCUGCUCCUAUUUUGCCCAAGAACAUGAAGAAGCUCAAAUUUCUGGAUAUUGAUCCCAAAGAGUUUGCGAGGCAACUUACCAUCAUUGAAUCGAAACUAUAUGGCAAGAUCAAACCUGUAGAAUGUCUGGCCAAAACAUGGGAGAGGAAGAGCAAAUCUGACAGCAAUGACACUGCUCCAAACGUGCAAGCUCUCAUCUUUCAUUCAAACCAGUUGACCAACUGGGUUUCUGCGAUGAUUUUGGGGCAAGCAGAGGUGAAGAAAAGAGUGGUCAUCAUCAAACAUUUUGUGCUGAUUGCUGAGCAAUGUCGUGUCUUGAACAAUUUCUCGGCUGUGACGGCCAUCAUUUCAGCACUCGGCACGGCCCAUAUAGUCCGGCUCAAUCGAACCUGGCAAGGAGUCAACCCUAAGACGAAUGCGAUCCUCGAGUCGAUGCGGAAUUUGAUAGCAUCUUCGAAGAACUUUGCACUGUAUCGCGAAACACUGCGUCAGGCAAACCCACCUUGCAUCCCCUUUUUGGGUGUUUACUUGACCGAUUUGACCUUUAUUGAAGAUGGGAUUCCUUCACUUGCCAAGAAUACAGAGUUGAUUAAUUUCGCUAAACGGACCAAAACCGCCGAAGUCAUUCGAGAUAUUCAGCAGUAUCAGAAUGUGCCUUAUAGUCUCCAUCCGGUUCCCGAAUUGCAGGAGUGGAUUUCGGAGAACAUGAGAAAUGCUGGAGACUCGCAUGACGACAUGUUCGCUCAGAGUCUCAAGGUCGAACCACGCGAGCGAGAAGAAGAGAAAAUUGCCCGACUCCUGUCCGAAUCGGGAUUUCUGUGA